GACCAGUACCCGUCAAGUGGCUGGCACUGGAGUGCCUGAAGGACGGGGUCUUCUCCAUCCAGAGUGACGUCUGGGCUUUCGGGGUGGUCAUGUGGGAGAUAUUCAGCCUGGGACAGAACCCAUACCCUGGAGUAGACUUUGACGAGAACUUCAUCGUCAAGUUAGAGAAGGGAGUGAGGCUGGACCAGCCGCGGUUCUCCACCUACAGCCUGUACCGCGUGAUGCUGGAGUGUUGGCACACCGACCCGCUGGCCAGACCCUCCUUCUCCACCCUUGAACACUCCCUGGGGGAGAUGUUGGGCGACACUGAGAAGCAGUAUUACCUGGAGCUGGAUGACCCUUACCAAGCAGAGAACACAGAGAGCAGUUUCCUGAGCAUGCUGCAGAGUCCUCAUUAUUCCUCAAAAGUGCGUGAUGUAAGUCCAAAUAUUGAUGAUGAAGGAUAUGAGAUGCCAUUCAGUCCAAGUCCAUUUCAAGAUGUUUUGAUAGAUGGUGAGACCCACAAUGAUCAGCGUGUUCACACUCCACGUCUAACAUCUUUACAAAUUGAUUUACUUCAGCAGGAGGCUGGAAUGACUAGUACAAGCUCAGCUGGACCAUAUCUUGAUAUGUCCUCACCCGCCAGAAAGUAUCAAAAUAGUUUUAGCUUUGACCAAGAAACUGUGACAUCUCCGUCAGAUCAGAAGAGCGAGACACUAUCCGAGAACUGUGAUGAAGAAACAGAUAGAGCUGAUGGUGAUCUCUACCUCCCGAUGGCUCCUGGAUCACCAUCAAGUGAGUUAUAGAAACCAAUAAAAUUCUCCAGCAAUUAUCAAGAUUGGAGAUGUUCCAAAAUUUCAGAGAUUUCCAGAUAGACAAGAUCUUGGCAAUCCUGUUUCGCCUCAUCGCGAACUGGUUCAUAGAACGUCAUAAGUGGAGGAGCAUGACGGCGGCCUGUACAGCCCCAGAACAUGCACGUAAACAAGCCCCAGUUACAUAGUUACAUGACUACAAGCAACUUUCUUAAAUCUAAAUAAAACUCUCGUCUAGCGACAUAGCAUAAUUGUAGUCCAUCAUCAUAGAAUAGCUCUAGUCCAGCAUCUUAGUAUAACUGAAGUCCAACGUCAUAGCAUAACUAUAGUCCAGCAUCAUUCCAUACGGGUCAUUACCUACCAUUACCUUAUUAAACAGGCUGCGAAAAAAAAUUAAAAAACUUUCAAUUGGAACAGCUUUUGACGAUGAAAGCCACGACCCACGAAAAGAGAUUAAAGAAACCAAGCAUGCAGGCGGUUAUUCUAAUUUUGUUCAAGAAAGCAGUCAGAACUGUACAAGAAGUUUCUAUUGGAUUACUUUCCAAACCUGAACAAGAGUUCACCAGAGAGCAAAGCUAAGACUUAUUCCUUCACAUAUUAUGGGAUGAACAAUGCCAUAACCGAGGAACCAACAGCAGCAUAAGCUCCUAUAUUGACGAACAACACAAUGUGUUCAUAAUAUUCAAUUAUAGAAUGUUUAAAUAAAUAUAUUAAUACCUCUAGAUUUAAAGUACGUGAAUCAUUUAAUAAAACAACAAGUUUAACAAAAAUCUAAAUUCCUGUUACAUAUUUGUGAGUGAGUGUGAGGCACAAAAAUUUUUGUACAUGGCAGAAUGAAUUUGGUAUCUAUUUUGUGUUUUGUAUUUUAACUUGUAUUAAGUCAUAUGUAACUAGAUAAUGCAGUGCACCAGUACACAUUACCAGAUAAUGCAGUGCACCAGUACACAUUACCAGAUAAUGCAGUGCACCAGUACACAUAACCAGAUAAUGCAGUGCUCCAGUACACAUUACCAGAUAAUGCAGUGCUCCAGUACA